AUGGCGAACAAAAAUGAUUCUGAAAAUUAUCAUCGAUUCGUUGAUAAAGUUUGUAUUGUAACAGGUGGUGCCAGUGGUAUAGGGUAUGCGACCGUGGAUGAGUUUUGCAAAGAAGGAGCAACCGUGGCCAUAUUCGAUUUUAACGAAGAGAAUGGAAAGAAGGCAGAAGAAAAACUCAGAGCGGAAGGAAAACACGUAACAUUCUUCAAAGCUGUCUUUUUCGGUUCAAAAGGUCUAACAGCUACUUCAGAAGAUUUUACCAUGUCAUUCUCAACCAAUGUCAGUGGAUAUGCGCUAAUGGUAAAAGCCGUUUAUCCUUAUAUGAAAAAUGCAGGAGGUAAAUCCUGUUCAAUCGUUAAUAUUUCUUCAAUUUCUGCUCAUCGUCCACAACCCGAUCGUUGGACAUAUUCGAGUACAAAAGGGGCAAUUAUUAUGAUGACAAAAUGUAUGGCACUCGAUUUGAGUAAAGAUGGUAUUCGUGUGAAUUCAGUUUCACCAGGAUGGACAUGGUCACCUGAGGUAUUUAAAGCCGCUGUUGAUGGUGGUAGAGAAAAAUGGGAUCCUGUCUGGGGUCAAUUUCAUAUGCUGCGUCGUUGUGCUGAUUGUCCGGAGAUUGCUCGUCCAAUAUUAUUUUUAUGUUCAAAUGAUGCAUCUUUCAUCACGUCCACUGACUUAUCAAUUGACGGUGGCUAUAUUCAAAUGACAAAUGAAGGAUUUGGAGAACAAUCAAGCUUUGCUGGAUCAAAAUAUUAG